AUGAAACUCCUCGUUUCGUUUUUCAUCGCUAUCAUUGCUAUUGUCUUGACUUGCAAUACAUCUACUUUCUUCAACCAGUUCACUAGAUACUUUACUACUACUACAUCUACCACCACCACCACCACCACCACAAAUCCAUCCAACAUGUCCGUCCCCCGCGCCAUCCGCCAAGCCUUCCUCGCCAUCGAACAAGCCGAAGGCGCCGGCGCGCGCGUCCGCCGCUCCAUCGGCACACGCAACCUGCGCAACUUCAGUCCCUUCCUCAUGCUGGACCACUUCACGAUCGGCAAAGGCGCCGGAUUCCCCGACCACCCACACCGCGGGCAGGAGACCAUCACGUACCUCCUCUCGGGCGGUGUGGACCACGAAGACUUCGCCGGAAACCGGGGCACGAUCGGCCCCGGAGACCUACAAUUCAUGACCGCCGGCCGGGGAAUCAUGCACGCGGAGAUGCCGCACGAGAAUCCCGAUGGGAGUCCCAACGUGGGCAUGCAGCUGUGGGUGGACCUGCCCAAGGAAUUGAAGAUGUGCGAGCCGCGGUACCGCGAUCUGCGGGCGUCGGAGAUCCCCAUUGCGAAGGCGGAUGAUGGGCGCGUCACGGUGAAGGUCAUCUCGGGUCAGUCGCAUGGAGUGGAUUCCGUAAGGGAUCUGGCGUAUACGCCUGUUUGGUUGUUGGACAUGACGGUCAAGCCGGGUGGUCGGGUCAAGCAGGUGUUGCCGGUUGGGUGGAAUGCGUUUGCGUAUACCUUGGCUGGGAAGACGAUUUUCGGGUCUGGUGGGGAGACGAAGACGAUUAAGGAGUUUCAUAAUGUGGUGUUUGAGCAGCAGGGAGAUUAUGUCGAGGCGUCGGUGCCGGAGAAUGCGGAUGAGGAAGGAAGGUUCAUCUUGGUGGCGGGUCAGCCGUUGGAUCAGAAGGUCGUGCAGUAUGGCCCGUUUGUCCUGAACAGUGAGCAGGAGGUGUAUCAGGCUAUGGUGGACUUUCAGACUGCGUCGAAUGGGUUUGAGAAGUCCAGGAAUUGGGAGAGUGAGAUUGGGAAGCGCAUGGCUUAUUAG